AUGGAUCCCAGCAGUGACUACCAUUUCCUCAGUCAAAUUUUAUGGAGAAGGGUGAAACUCACAUUGGUUUGUGGCAUCUUCGAGGGGGUGCUCCAACAUGUGGACCCUAACAAGAUUGUUGUCCUGAAAAAAGUGAAGAAUGUUGAGACUGGUCGAAGUGUCCCUGGAGUGAAGAUGUUUUUUGGGCAUGAGAUUGUGAAUGUGGAACUACUGGAUGAAGUAGAACAAGGAGCAGUGAGAGAAAAAGCAUCAUCUGUUAGUCUAAAUACAGAAAGAACCAAGAUGGAUACAAUGAAAGAUGAAGACCGAAAUAUAUGUGAACCCGUUUCUUCUGCCCCUGAGGCAUCAAUCACCUCUCUGCUGAAUGACUUUAAGUACAACCCUUCAGAAGAAGAGGAUGUAACAUAUACAGUGAUUGAUCAGUUCCAGCAGAAGUUUGGUGCUGCAAUGCUCCAUAUCAAGAAGCAAAGUGUCCUAAGUGUGGCAGCAGAAGGAGCUAAUGUGUGUCGUCAUGGGAAACUCUGUUGGCUUCAGGUGGCCACAAAUAGCCGUGUUUACUUAUUUGACAUUUUCCUUCUGGGAAGUCGUGCCUUCAACAAUGGACUUCAGAUGGUAUUAGAAGACAAGAGAAUUUUGAAGGUUAUCCACGACUGCCGUUGGCUUUCUGACUGUCUCUCUCACCAGUAUGGAAUUUUGCUGAAUAAUGUCUUUGAUACACAGGUAGCAGAUGUCCUUCAAUUUUCUAUGGAAACAGGUGGCUUUCUUCCGAACUGCAUCAGUACUUUGCAGGAGAGUUUAACCAGACAUCUUAAAGUAGCCCCUAAAUAUGUCUCCUUUCUAGAAGAGAGGCAAAAACUGAUUCAGGAAAAUCCAGAUGUGUGGUUCACACGACCUCUUUCACCCACUUUGCUAAAAAUUUUGGCCUUGGAAGCUACCUACCUGCUACCACUUCGAUUGGUGCUCCUAGAUGAAAUGAUGUCUGAUCUAACCACCCUCGUGGAUGGGUACUUAAACACCUAUCGAGAAGGGUCGGCAGACCGGCUUGGAGGCAUGGAGCCUACAUGUAUGGAACUUCCAGAGGAACUGCUUCAACUCAAGGACUUCCAGAAGCAACGCAGGGAGAAAGCUGCGAAAGACUAUAGGGUGAAUGCACAGGGACUUCUAAUAAGGACAGUGUUACCGCCAAAGAAAUCUGUGACAAUGACAGUGGGGAAACAAGGAAAAGUAAGAGGUUUCUUACUUUGUGAAAAUUCUAGGGCAGAUAAUGCUCCAAGUUUUGCAUCUUAUAAAUCUCAUGAGGAUGUGAAUUUGUUGAAACAAGCAUCUAAGAGUAAACAAAUAAAAGCAAAACCUCAACAUCCACCUCCCUUAAAGGAAGUAGAAGCAAGUGAUGAUUCCAGUAACAAAUUAAUUUGUUCUGUGUCCAAGGGGUUAGAGGACCAAGCAAUAACUCAAAAAGAAUACCCUAAGAUACCUAAACAUGAAUUCCAGACAAGUCUAUCUUUGAAAGAAGAGAUAGAACAGUUAUUGAUGGUAGAAAACAAAGAUCUUAGUUGCACAAAACAAGAUGUUUCAUUAUUUCCAAGUGACACCUUUCAUCCUUUAAGAAAAUCUAUACCUUCCUCACUUCCUCCCUGUCCAGCCUUGGAGAAUACUGAUUCCUGGAUAAAUCCUUCUCUAAUUCUGCCUUAG